AUGCCCAUCACAGUUGACAUGGCGGUAGACACAUGGAUGCUAGCUCUGGGCCUCAGAAACAUCAACGACACGGUCGGUGGAACUUUUCUCCCGGAGCAGGUGAUGAGCAACUUGGGGGAAACCUUCCUGAGCCACGGGAUGCAAGACAGACUUACACUUAUGCUGGCCAUCCAUAGAGUGGCCCUCGCUCUCCUCGCCGCCAUGGGGGAAGCGGCCCAGCAAGCAGCCGCGGCAGAAAGGAUGGGCACUGCUGAGGUGACGGUUAGGGUCGAGCCAGAGGAAGCAGAGAGUGAUGAGACAAUGUGGAUGCAGAUGCCUUCCUCUCCCUCUGGGGCAGAUGAGAACGACUGGGAACCGUUGAUGAGGGGGUUUAUAGCUGCGAUGGAAGGGCGACGCAAACCAGCCCAAGCCCGUAUUGCCGAAUGGAUGCUGGAAUGGUUGGAUCACCGCUGCUCGGAUGAAAGGGCAGGCUACCUGCUAGGCCACAUGCAUGGCAAUACGGCGACCCUGACGGCAACACUCGUCACCUUUGCAGGGGAUCCGACGGGGGCCGACUGGGCACGGGCGGAGGACGUGGAUACCAUGUGGGCGCUACAAUGGGCACAGCGCCUGCAGAGACACCUCAUGCUGCAUCCUGGGUCGAGGCAGGCACGGGGCCUGACGCCUCGCAGCAGGCCAGUGAUGCUUAGCCCUGUGCCGAUUCCAGAUGAACUCUUGUUCUCCGAGGAGGAAGGCCACCCGCAAAGUGUGCACGGGGACCUUCCGGCGGCGCAGCUGGAUCAGAUCCUGACACUUAACUCCUCGGGGGUUGAGAGCUCCCACAGAGCCGACUCGGAACAAGCUGCCCAAGACAGGGAAGUUCAGUAUUUGGCCUCGCUUCGGGAUCUGCCGGCUGAGCCACCAGCGAAGGUAAGGGUUCUGAUGAUGCAGUUGGGUGGCGAAAGCAGCAGUGGCAGCACAGAGGUACCUCGGCGAACUAUCAGGAUUCCUCUACCGGAAGGCCAGGUCACUACACUUUCUAUGAGGCUGUGGGUAGAAGAGGAGGAGGACCAGGAUGAGAUCGCCACACAAGUACUACCUGGUGUCGAGUCGCCUGUUGUACCGGCCUUGGGGGAUGCUCUGCCAGCAGCGGGGGUUGUUGGGGUCUUUUCAGGCCUGGCCCCCUCCAUGCCGGCGGACACGGAGGUGGAGUUGGCAACACCGACGGUCAGUGAGGGCACACAGGGUACCCAGCAACAGAUGCACGAUGUUCACUAUGCUCUGUAUGGACCAACGGCACCGGGGAGAGAAGGGUCGUCCGCGGAUGUGGGGAGUGAGAUGCCUGCAGGGUCUGAGGACGGGUGA